CCCGACAGUUGUUAUUGUCUGUUUUGGGCUCAACCCUGAACCAGCGCAGUAAUUUCGUUUAAAAAUAGAUGGGCCUAUUUUUAUUUUUUACAGCGUGCUGGCGCCUCCUCCUCCUGCGCGUAAAGACGCAUUAAGAAGUGGCACCGUGACUGUAAUCCAGACAGGAGGUGGCUUUGGGUACAGCCCUCCAUUGAUGAGGGAGACAUGGCUGUGGAUUAACUUCUUCUCCUUCUUUUAUUCUCCACUCCAUUGUCCGUCCUCGCAGACCUACGUUCUCCUCCUGAGUCUGUAGGGAGGAGCGCGCGCUGGGGGAUGGUUUCUUUCUCCGGGAGACGGAGCUCGGUGAUGCGUCCCCCGCCGGCAGCGGGACGGUGAGCCGCGGGGAGGGCGCUGCGUCCGGCGGCUGGAUGGACACCAUGUCCCCGCAGCAGCAGGACAACACACGGCGGACGAAGUCUCAGAGUUACCGGCGGCAAUCCGCCCCGUCGCUGGUCCUCACCAAGGCCCUCACCCGGCCCAAGACCCUCUCCAGAGAGAGCUUCCUGGUUCACGUGAGCCCAGAGAGCUGCUCGUUGGUCCAGUCCUUCCUCGGCGGCUCCGAUAGGUCGUUCCUCCUCCACGGACACGCCCAGCUGAAGACCGGCAUGCAGACCCAGGACAGACACCUCUUCCUCUUCAGUGACACGCUGGUGAUCGCCAAAGCCAAAUCGGCCAACCACUUCAAGUCGAAGGCCCAGGUGUGUGUGUGUGAGAUGUGGACGGCCGACUGCUUGGACGAGGUGUGUGAGGGGAGCACCAACCCAGAGAGGAGCUUCGUUAUGGGCUGGCCCACCUGCAACUGUGUGGCUACGUUUAGCUCGGCAGAAGUGAAAGACAGAUGGCUCCCCCUCCUCAAAAGUCGCAUCAGAGAGGAGAAAGAGAGGGAGGAACCCAAAACCAUCCCCCUGAGAGUGUACGGGAAGGGAAUCGACACGUUUGCCGUUACCAAGACGCUCCCGGUCAGCAACUGGGAUUCAGCCAAUGAGGUGGUCCGACUGGCCCUGCAGCAGUUCAGCAUCAUAGGCAACGUGAAAGACUUCCAGCUGUGGGUCAUCUCCAAGAGGGACAACGCCCCCUAUCCUCUGAUUGGUCACGAGUUUCCCUUCAGCAUCCAGAUGAGUCAUGUGAGACACUCGAUGUCUCAGGGGCCGAGGGCCACGCAGGUGGAGCAGAUGCAGGUGCACAAGCAGUGCCAGUUCAUCAUGAAGCCACGCCCCGUUGAGGCGCAGCACAUGUCUGCAGAGUGGUCUGAGAAGCCGCUCAAGAGGCGGCGUUCCCUCAUCACCUGGGCCUUCUGGCGAGGCUCCUCCCCUCACCUGAACGAGCCGGCCCUCUCGCCGCGCGGCCGCCUGUUCGGCCGGCCGCUCGUCUCCGUGUGCGUUGAGGACGCGCUGCCCCGGCCCGUCAUGGACAUGAUGGCGUUCCUGUACCACGAGGGCUCGGGGACGCCGGGCAUCUUCCGGCGGCCGGCGGGGGCGCGGGCCGUCCGGGAGCUGCGGGACUCUCUGGACGGCGGCGAGGUGGAGCUGCCGCUGACGAGAGACCACGUCUUCCUCAUCGCCGGAGUCUUCAAGGACUUCCUGCGCAGCAUCCCGAGCAGCUUGUUCCGCUGCGAGCUGCACGAAGAAUGGAUGGACGUGCUGGAGGAAGAGGAGGAGGAAGAUCAAGUGCGGGACAUAAAGAGGAUGAUUGGCCGCCUGCCCAAAGAAAACGCCCUGCUGCUCCGCUACCUGCUGGCCAUGCUGCACGGUAUCCAGGGCAACGCCCACGAGAACCAGAUGACCACUUUCAACCUGUCGGUGUGCAUCGCUCCCAGCAUGCUGUGGCCCCCGGGGGAGCCCUGCAGCCCCGAGGUGGAGGGAGAAGGAACCAAGAAGGUCUGUGAGCUGGUGAAGUUCAUGAUCGAACACUGUCAGCAGAUCGUGGGCGAGGACCCCUCCUCGCUGUUCGGUGGGCCGCCCCGAAGACUCGACCCCGAGGAGAAAGGCUCAGACCCGCCGCCGGACCCGCUGACCGACUCCUCCUACGACAGUCUGGAGAACGAGUUGGACUCCCCGGGCCUCUGCGGCCUGAGACCCAGAACCCUGCAGGGCAGCCUGGACUCCAUCCUCACGUUCAGCGACUACGACCAGGACCCGCCAGAACCCCGCCAGACCCCCUCCGACCGGAGACCGGACCCCAGCCGGGAUGCACCAACUGUGGACGUGUCCUCCGCCCUGGAGCUGCUGUCCCUGGACCGGCGGCGGCAAUCGGCGCCGGCCAUCGCGUACGUGACAGAGCUCCGGCCGCGCGGCGCUCCGGGGGGAACCGACGGGGACGAGGAGUUCUCAGACACACUCGGACCCCCCAGAGAGGGGCCCGCCGCGAGCUCCUCCGGGGACUCGCUGGACUCCCUGUGCUCCCCCCGCGGUGACGUCCCCUGGGGGCUUCUGCCCUCCAGGUCUCCCGCUUCCCGUCUCCCCUCUGCACCCGGAACCAUUAGUUCUGCUGGUGGACUCCUGGCCCCGGGGACUCAGAAGGGCUCCCCGUCCAAAGAAGCUCUCAGCCGGGGGCCCACAAAGGGCUGCAGGGGCCUCCACCCAAAUUCUUGUCUGAAGAAAGGCCGGCGGCUGUCCCUCACCCAACCGGACCCCGUGGAGCAGGAGACGUGGGAGACGAGUGGGAAACUCGUCCCGGAGAAAGGAAGAGACGGCGAAAGGGGAGGAGCUAAACUUCUGCCCAGAGCGUCGCGCAGAGGCUCAAAGGAUGCAGGAGGGGAGGGCGGCCGCGUGAAGGGGAGGCCGGGCCUGAAGCCCCCCUCCUCCAGCCCCCCCUCCCACCACCGCUCCACAGGGAGCCUCCAGCUCCCCACGCCCCCCUGGUUCUCGUCCUCGGACUGUUCGCCAACCUCCGAGCAGAGCGGCGCCGAUCCCGGAGGGGCCGCCUCCGCCGCCCGGAAGCUGUCGUCGCCGUCUCUGUUCUACCGGCAGAGCGGGCCGUCGCUGUCCCUGUUCAAGCGGCACUCCGCGGAGGAGGAGGCGGGGGGGUGCGGCGCCGGGCUCCCCAGCGACCCGCAGCCGGAGGUCUCCGGGUGGGCGCCGCGGGGGGCGGAGGGGGAGUUCCGCUCCUGCCUCUCGCCCAACGCCACCAAAGCGGUGAGGGACUACUUCUCCUCUCACCCGCGCGCCGACCCACACAGCGGCCAGCAGGUGGCGCUCGCCCUGGUGGAGAGUCGCAGGGAGCUGCUGAGGAGGUGCAGCGACCCCGAGCCGGACUUUGACCAGCUGGUUUUUGCUGAAGAGUCCUACGUCUGAGACCAGGACCAGGACCUAGACUUAGUCCGCUUUGGGAGAACCAACAGGGAGAGAAGCAGUUCCAUGAAGGGAAAGUGUUUAUUUUGGCCCGACUUUGUUACCGUAUUUAUAUAAUAAUAAAACGUUUAUGAAAGACCAAACUGAAGGAUCCUCUUGGUAAGUUGUUUUUAAACUAUAUGAAGUUAAAAUAUGCCAAUUUAAAACUACCUGUUGCCUUUUAUUGUGGUGAAUCUCAUUCAAAUUAAUCAGUGGAAAUACCCUGAUGGCUAAGUAAAUAAUGAAGUCAGUGUCACUAUUCUACUAAAUGAAGUUUCGCUGGCCUCACUCUUCCUGAAUCGACACGUUAACGAUUACAUUGUUACACUGAGACUAAACUUAACCGCUUAUAACAUCAUGUUGGUCUCUUAACCGACGUGUGAUCGAUUACUAUUCAGGGUUUUAAUGGAACAUUUUAAGAACUUAAAGGCCCGUUUGUCCUGAAGUCUUCUAAGUGAACUGAAUAUUUGGUCAUAAAUGACGUAAAUUGUUUAAAUGCUUGUGUAUUUAAAUCUCACGUAGAAUUGGUAGAUUUGAUCUGAUUGUUGCCAACGUGUUGACCUUCAAACGCAUCAUGUCACAAUGUUUUUAUGAUGUAAAUAUGGUUUUUCAAGCUUUGCAUUUCAUGCCGCUCAGAACUCGAUAGAGGCUGUCGCUUCAUAAUGUUUACGCCUCCUUCACGUGUAUCAACCGCUGUUAACGCGCCUUUUAUUCGCGAAUAAAAUGACCUGACAGGAUGAAAUAAC